AAUAGUAUUUAUGCAGUACAUAGGACUUGAAGCUCUGAAGCUUCUGGGGAAGCUCUACAUAGGAUUUAGGCGGUAUGUAGGUCUUAAAACUAUACACAGGAUUUUUCUUGCAUGAUUGUUACGUAUUGGACUCAUGGCACGUGACUGUCUGAUGAGUUAACAAGUGUUCCUUAUAAAGUGGCCGGCGUGUUUAUAACGCGUGAAGAUUCAUUUUUAAGUUUCCCCGUGUUGCAUAAAACGUAAUAUUGUUGUAUAUAUUUUACUAACGUAUAACAUUGUAUAUAAAUAAUAAGUGAAAGGAAGCAUAGGUCCAUGCAGGAAAUGCUACUUAGCCAAAUUACAGGCCUCGGGCUACAAAGUGCAACAAAUUUAAAACAAGUGUUUUAGGCUUUCUGUGAAGGCAAGUCGCAGUAGCUCGAAUCCGUUCAUCCUGAACUUGUUUAAAUAAAGUAACAUGAUCUGUUUCAUGCCUGAAGGCGGGCUGUUUGUCGCUGUAGCAUUUGGAUGACGUCCACGAGUUAAUAUGACUGUUAUAAACUGUUAUAGAAUCGCCGAAGAGGAAGCACAUGUCUGUUUAGUAGGCUGAAGCCACCGUUUAUUUUGCAGGGCUGAAAAGAAAUAUUGCGAACCGCGCGUGCAGCACACACACAACAGCACGCGCAACGGAAAAACAGGCACUUGUUUCCCUGUGCAGUGGCACGCGCCGGUAAUCGGUGUUGAUCGGCUUGGCUCGGGCUUUGAGCUCAGUGUGUGAGACGCGCUGUGAGUGUCAUGGCCGCCGCCCGCUGCUGACGAGCCGGGUUACACUAUGAGGACGCGCGACAACACGAGUUUAUGAACAUGGAAGUGGAACAGCCAAAGCCAAACUGCCAUACUAAGACUCAAGCCGAUGACAACGACAGAGGCAACUGGCGUAGACGCCUGCGACACAGGAAAUCCUCAGCUUUGCCUCACACUGUGAAAAGUCCCAUCGAAGAGAAGAAAGUCGAUAAAGAAUUGACCCAGGAGUCAUCACAAAAUGAUCAAAAGGAUCACGGAGUAUUAGACAGUGCUAGCAGCAAGCUCACAUUUACUUGUACCGAAUGCAAGGAUGGCACAAGAUUUAGUCCAGAUGCUUUGUUAAAACACUUUAAAAACUUUCAUGGAGGAAAAGGACACCCACCAUCUUUUCUUUGUGACAUAUGCAGUUUUGCUGCUCCUGACUUCACUACCCUGCAACAGCAUUACCUGAAGCACAAACACACUAGGCUCACCGGUGAGACGUGCAAUGGCAAAGGCUUGCAAACACCAACCCGACUCACAAAGCAUUGUAAAACACACAACAAUCAGUAUCAGUGUGAAAAAAGCAAGUUUCCUCCAAAGGAGUUUGCACAUUUUCUACAUAACUCUUGCCCACAAAACACUGUGCCAGCUGUAGACAGCAGUGAAAAGUCAGAACUUAAGCCUGUGAUUGGUGCACUGAAUAGGAAUUUUUUGGCUGAUGAUGCAGUCGAACCCCAAAAAGACGUCCCAUUAAAGAACAUGGCUACUCCCUGCCAGCGAGUGUGGAUCAGAAAGAACUGGUGGAAAAAUAGAGACGUUGCCCCAAAACAACUCUCGCAAAAUAACGACGUUGCCCCUAAACUCACUGCUGUAGACACCAAAUUCCUGAUUCCCAAAUCAGAAAUCCAGUGGACAACUGCAAAAUUUCUGCCUUUCUCAGCUGCAGGUUUGCUUGAUGAAAACGGUGAACUACUACAUCCAACACGGACCUUAGAGGAGACUAAGCAGUUUCUGGAAAGGACAGUUAACUGUGGAAAAAAAUGGCCAGUGACUCUAAAAGGUGAACCAGGACCCUUCCUGUCUGAGCCAAAGAUGAACGAUCUUUCUGGUCUCAUGGAAAAGAACAAUAUUUCAGUUCCACCUGAUUGCACUACAAGGGUUGUUGGGUUCAAAACUGUAGAUGGAAAAAAGCAUCUCGUUCUUAAAGUCAUCCCGUCAGCCAAGCCAGAGGUUUCUUCAGACACAAGGGACGAAAUAAUAAACAGGAUUGAUAAACAGUUAGACCCUCAUAUUGAUAGAGCCAAUGAUCAAAUGUGCAGUGAAACUGGCAACGUUACCACUGCAGAUUCCACAUUCAACGACUAUGAUUCUACCUCAACUUCUCGCCAGGUUAAAAAACAAGGACUCGGUGAAGAUGACCAAGAUACAAUGACAAAUUCACCUCAGGUUGAUAACACUGAACAUGACUGUAGCGAUGACCAAAGUUUGUUCACUUUAGGACCUGAUGCAGGUGCACAUCUCACUCUUUCAGGAAUAGAGCAUGUUUUUAAUGUUGAAAAUCAGACAAAGAAUGAAAAAACAGCACCGUCUAAGGUAAUGCUUAACGCUAAUGACACAAAUGACCUCAGUGGAGAAACUACAAGUGUGUCAGGGGGAGUACAUUCUGUCAGAGUGGCACAUAUCCCAUCUCUGCGAACAAAUAAUCAGGAGAUAACUGACACACCAAAACACACCGACAAUCCAGAAAAAGCCGCAAGAGAUUGUAAAGAAAUGAAUUCUGAGCCUUCCACGGGUCAAGAGGAUAAGAGCCGGGUUGAAGCUUUGUCUUCCAGUAUUUUAUGUGCUUCUGGCAGCAUGGAAGAGGGAAUAAACUCCCAGCUCUUUACCUUGAUGUCUGAAAAAGAAAGAAGCUCUGAAGUGAACAUGAAGAACAUGGACAAAAGGUCAGGGGGAGAAGCCCCUGUAAUACAGUCACCACUCGAUGACUUGAAUGAACAGAAAACGGAGAAAGUUUUAACGUCUCCCAAAACUAAAAAUGGAGUAGAGUCGAACGUUAUUGAUCCACCUGUAGCAUCCCCUGCCAAAAAUACUACCGACACUCUAUUUAUUUCUCCAAGUGAACAUAAUAGUUUGUGUUUGCAAAACAGUGGAGAUGAGAACAUUAACAAUAUAGAUAAUAUCUCCCUAGAUCAGACUCGUACAGUGGAAACUGUAGAGGAAACGUACUUAGCACAGAUAUCACCCGAAGACUUCUGCCAUAAUCCAGACCUGUACCAGACCUUCGAAGAGCUCCCUGUUUCCACAUUAAGCCAUUUGUUUGAUGAUUCUGAUGUCGCACAAAGAGGUAUUACCUCUCAGGGUGAACCAGGUAGCAUGGCUAUGCACUCGACCAAAGCCAUACCAGUAACAGUGAGUAAUGACAAGGCCUCUUCACAGCUACUGCUAAAGACUGAACCUACUACCAACAGGAAGAGACAGCGAGAACCAACCACAAAAGACAAUCAGGGACUCAUCUUGAAAUUUAAAAGACGUCUUGUUCAAAAUUCCCAAGAGUCAUCAGCAUCUAUACCGUACUGGGAACCAGCUCGUCCAGAAAUAGAAAGGACUUUGCGGCUCUUUCCGGUUCGUUCCUCACAGGCUGUAAAAGUACCGCGUCUAAACCAGCCUGUCGUAGUCCUCAAUCACCCAGACACAGAUAUUCCUGAAGUUGCAAACAUUAUGAGAUCAGUUCACAGACACAAAGGGGCUGUGCAAAGGGUUGUCUUAUCUCAGGGAACUCUAAAAGCUCUUUCAGAGCUUAAGCGUGACACAUUCCGUAAUGUACGCACAGGCGACUUGCAGUCGUCUCACUACAGAAGAGUGUGGCCUCCAGGGACAGUUAAAGAAAGGUUCAUCCUUAAUCUGAAGCUGAAAAGGUUAGGUGGGAAUAAGUUUAUGGUGGCAGAUCUAAGCUCUAAUGCUAACCAGAUUCAGUCAAGCUUCAGGUGCUGGUUUUGUGGUCGUCGCUUUAGGAACCAGGAGGUGUGGGUAGGUCAUGGUCAGAGGCAUAUAAUGGAGGCUACACGAGACUGGAACAAGUUAUUCAGCAGUGAAAUGCAGGGUAUAGGUGCAGAUCAACAAUCCUUCAAUUGAUCUAUUAAAUGUGAUAAGCAUUGCUUUGUAGAAGCUGUUUAUUUGUGCAUUGAUGGUUCUAGAAGAUUUUGAGUAUGCUGGAACAAGGUUUAUACAUCUACAGCUCAGGGUUUGUUUGUAGUCUUGUGUUAGGUUGAUGAACCAUCUCAGGGACAGUAGGCCAAAAAAAAAAGCAGAAUUAUUUAUUCUUUUUACUUCGGUGUCAUUGUACAUUAUUAUAAAAGCAAUAUGCAUUAUUUAUACAAGUAACAAGCACUUGUUUAUGAUGUGGUGUGACCAAAACGAAAUAGCAUUGCUGUAGAAUGUAUUGAACUAAUCUAAAAACAGCACAAUCUGUUAUAUGACUCUUUCUGUAGCUUUAAUUGCUCCCGUCUAAUUGGAUGUUGAUUUUUGUUUUGUAUUGGUCAUUCAACUAAAAUCCAUCUUUUUUUUCUUUUUCUUUUUUUUUUGCAUUAAUUUAAU